UUCUGAACACCGUAUAUGUACCGCAGAAAGCCCAAAAAGCUGCAGCAUAGAAACACUGAUACUUGUAGACGCGAAGCUUCAAGAGAACUGUACUCUCUGCUUCUCAUGGCGUCCGGAGGCAACGCAGCUGCUGGUACAGGGAACGUGGAAUGGCAUGUGAGGCCUCCAAACCCUAAAAACCCAAUUGUUUUCUUCGAUAUUACCAUCGGUACCAUCCCUGCCGGUCGCAUCAAGAUGGAGCUCUUCGCUGAUAUUGCCCCCAAAACCGCGGAAAAUUUCAGGCAGUUUUGCACUGGCGAGUACAGAAAAGCAGGAUUGCCUGUUGGUUACAAAGGGUGCCAGUUCCAUAGGGUGAUUAAGGAUUUCAUGAUUCAAGCUGGUGAUUUUCUCAAGGGUGAUGGUAGUGGAUGUGUUUCGAUAUAUGGACACAAGUUUGAGGAUGAAAACUUUAUUGCCAAACACACUGGUCCUGGUCUACUGUCAAUGGCAAAUAGCGGACCAAACACAAAUGGUUGUCAGUUCUUCAUCACUUGUGCAAAAUGUGACUGGCUUGACAAUAAACAUGUUGUGUUCGGGAGGGUGCUUGGAGAUGGUCUUUUGGUUGUCCGAAAGAUUGAGAAUGUGGCUACAGGACCCAACAACCGGCCUAAACUGGCAUGUGUUAUUGCUGAAUGUGGGGAAAUGUAGAAAUUGAUUCAAGAACAGAGCUUUCCAGGAUUUAUUGCAAACACUUCUAUAACCUCUAUUGGAUCAAUUCCUGACCGACUGAUCUUUGGCUUACAUUGUUGCUCCUGUCAGUAAGAAAUAUGCAUUUGAAGUUUAUAUUGCUCCUUGGACAGCCUGUGAAAAUGAUUUUGCUUAAACCUUAUGAACAUUUCAAUUUUAGAGUGAUUGUUGGAUUA